ACGAAAUAUAUAAUACUACUAUUUCAUUCAAUAAAUGAGAGGGAGGCAAUGAAAAAAGCACUAUUUACAAUAGUAAAUUAAAGUUUUAAGCCGAUCGCUGGACAGAAAUAUACUCUAAAACUUCUUUCUGUAGAAAUUUGAAUCUUUUUAAUUUGUUAACGUUGGCAUCAUUUGAGAAUGUGAUCGGCAGGUGGUGGUAACGCACUAAACAAAACCUAAUAGAAACAUAACCAUUGCGUUGGACUGGCACUGGCGUUGAUUUCCUCGUGGUCUUUGAGACUCUAACCUCAAUACCACUCAAUACGUGGUUGUGUUGGAGUUUGAAUGUCCUCAAAAUCUGAACAUAUUGCUUAGGGUGGGCUCACAUUUCACUUAGUCUGCAAUGGAUUUAAUAUCUGAUCAAGGCUUGCGGUUAGAUGGACGAAGACCAAAUGAACUUAGGAAAAUUCGGUGUAAAUUAGGUGUCUUCAAUCAACCUGAUGGAAGUGCAUACUUGGAGCAGGGAAAUACUAAAGUGUUGGCUGCCGUCUACGGUCCACAUGAAAUUCGGGGCAGCCGAACUAAAGCCUUGCAUGAUCAGGCUCUAAUAAAUUGUCAGUAUAGUAUGGCAACUUUCAGCACAGGAGAGAGGAAAAGAAGACCAAGAGGUGACAGAAAGUCGAUUGAAAUGUCAAUACAUUUACGUCAAGCUCUUCAGGCAGUGAUAAAAACAGAGUUAUACGCCAGAUCACAGAUUGAUAUUUUUGUUGAAGUUCUUCAAGCAGAUGGAGGCAAUUAUUGUACCUGUGUAAAUGCAGCUACUUUGGCACUCAUAGAUGCCGGCAUUCCAAUUACCGAAUACAUGGUGGCAUGCACAGCCAGUCUUGCCAAUGGUGAAACACCUUUAGUGGACAUAAGUCAUCUUGAAGAGACGUCUGGAGGCCCAAAUUUAACAGUAGCUGCAAUGCCCAUGAGUGGUCAGAUUGUACUGUUGGAAAUGUCUCAGAGGUUUCAUCUGGAUCAUUUGGACAAAGUGAUGAAACAUGCCUUGAGAGGUUGCCAAGAGAUAAAAGCAGUUCUUGAUAAAGCAGUGAGAGACCAUGUGGCAAGUGCUGGUGCUGCAUGUAAUUGGGAAUUCAAGACCGAUUAGUGUUAAAAUAUUGAAAUUCACUCGGUAAUUUAAAACAAAGCGACAAUUUAUUAUUAUUAUUAUUAUUAUUGUGAGAAUUUGAUCUGCUAUUGUGGUAGUUACUAUCUGGAGUUAUGUCAAUGUUGAUAAAAUGAAGAAGAUUACUCUCAGGGUGAUGUAUAAAAUGUGCCGAAAAUGUAUUUUAGUUUUUUAUCAACUGAUAUACUAUUCUUCGACAUGCUGUGGUAUGUAUUUUAUAUGAGAAAACAAUGUUAUUAAGAGAUAAGGUGUUUAUUCCCUUACAUUUGUGAGUUGAUUGUGAAUUGAAUAAUUUAUUGUUAUUGCUUGCGGAUUGUACUGAAAAUAUAAGAAUUACUUCUUGUGUAGAUAUCACCAAUUCUAUAGCUUUUCAACAUCUUUUUGAAAAGUAAAGGUUCCAAAUAAGUUAUGUGGAAAAUUUUAUUUUUUAACAAAUCUUCAAAGAAAUUAAAUGCUUACAAUGAAUACUUGUAUAUACCAUGCUUACACUGUAAUAACAUUUUGAUCAAUUACUUGUGAUUUUUUAGAACAAAUAAAUUAAGGAUUUGGUUAUGAAAUAUGAUAAUCUACUUCUAUUUUGUCAAUGGCUUUAAGCAAAUUAUAAUUUUGGUUUAAAGCAUGUUUUAUAAAAAUGAACCAACCAGAAAUUAUCUGUGAACAAUAAAUUGAAUUAUUUGGCUAUUACUCUGCCUAAAGAAGAGUAGGAGCUAAAUAGGAUAGGAUCACCAAAACUAUAAUUUUGAGUAUUAUCAUAUUUUUGCAUCAAAGCCAAAUAUUGAAGAAAAGUUGCAUCACUUUGUUUCUUGAAUUAAAUUU